AUGACAGUUGAGGAAUAUAACAGGUUGUAUGUUUCCAGACAACUUCCAAUUUUUGAUAAGAUUGAAAAAUUAUAUGAUAAGUUUAGUGGAUGUCAAAAUGACAUACCAUUGACUGAUAAGGAAAGAUUGGAGGAAUUAAAAAAGUCAGAGACAAUCAGUGCCACUGGCAACGAUACCAAAAAGCCCCUUAAUGACCCUCUUAAAGACCAAGAUCGGGGAGAAUUAGGCAAAAGAGCCAACGAAAUAGAAGCAUAUCGAAAAAAAGCCAAACAGGAAAUUGAAACCGCUCUUAAUCAGGACCCCAAAAUUACUAAUGAGGAAUUAGAAAUGGCUAAUCGCAAUUGA